GAUCUCGUAAGAAAGCUCAGACCGUUGAGAAGAUUCAGAGGCCCCUCCCUCUCACACACUCUCUCUCUGUCUCUCUUCCUUGUCUGUGACAGUAAACAAUGCACGGGCGGCCUCGUAUGGCUCCCAAUCCGGAGGACGCGGCCGCCUCCGCCGCCAAAUCCCAGAAGCUCCGAUCCCUCCAGUCUCAGUUCCUGUCUUUCCACCAUAGCCGCACCUACACCAAGGAGGCUCUGGAGAUCAGCGCGAAGCUGCUGGAGAUCAAUCCGGAGAACUACACCGCCUGGAACUAUCGGAAGCUCGCCGUCGAGCACUGCGUCAAAGAGUCCGAGUCUGAUCCCAGCUCUGUUAAGUCGAUCUUCGACAAAGAACUUAAAGUGGUAGAGAGUGCACUGAGGCAAAAUUUCAAAUCCUAUGGAGCAUGGCAUCAUCGAAAAUGGGUAUUAAGCAAGGGCCAUUCAUCCAUAGAUGAAGAAUUGAGGCUUUUGGAUAAGUUGCAAAAACAAGAUUCCCGGAACUUCCAUGCUUGGAAUUACAGGAGAUUUGUGGCAGCACUGAUGAAUCGAUCCAUCGAGGACGAAUUGAAGUACACAGAAAAUUUGAUUGAAAAUAAUUUCAGUAAUUAUUCAGCCUGGCAUAAUCGCAGUAUCCUAUUGUCCGAGCUAGUAAAGAAAAAGGAUCAAGGAUCAUCUACUCAAGAUGUUUUGAGCGAGGAGUACAAUUUUGUGCGUGAUGCUCUAUUUACAGAUCCGGAUGAUCAGAGUGCUUGGUUUUAUCAUCUAUGGCUCCUUCAACAAACAAUCCAAUCUAAGGCUCCCCUACUUGUAUCUUCUUGGCCUGCCAAUGGGGCUGAUCUAAGGGUGUCGGGAAACGGGUGCCUUGGUGGUGCAUCGGGUUUAUUCUCUAGGCUUUCUAGUGACUUAAGAAGAUUCCCGCUGGUUCUUUUUUUCAAUCAGAAUGUAGAAGGCAUUAGCUCGUUGACAGUAACUGUGGAAGCUUCAUUUAUUACGAGCAAAGAUCUUACAUGGAAGUCACUUUCACCAAAAACUUCUCGAUUUGGGCGAGUUUGGGUUGCAUAUCUAGAUAUAUCUAGUGUAGAUCUUGAUUACUUGAACCCCCAAAAAGUUGUGGUGAGACUGGGACAUUGCCCAGGCAUCAUGUCUUCAAGUGGUCUUCCGCUCAGCAAACCGUUUAGGUUAGAGUACACAAUAGCUGCAAAACCUAUUGAAACCAAAUCUUCUGGAAGGCACGAGAAUGAAAUAUUUCAAUGGAAAGAAGAUGACUUUCAUAAUUCUGAAGGACAGCUGGAAGAAUCAAUUCCUCGUCUGCUUUAUACACGAGCAGUUGAGGAUAAUGAUGAGGCAGCAGCUUCGAGGUGGCAUAUUGAUACCAUGACAGAAGAGAUAAAUCAUGUUAGGGUCUUGUUGGCGAGCUCGGACUGCAAAAUUGGAAAAUUGAUGCUUGCCAGACUUCUGAUGGCUCGGGAUGACAUGUUGUCUCCAUAUGCGAAUAAGAUGGCUCAUUCUGAAGAAGUUCUUGAACUGUAUAGAGAUCUCAUAAGAUUGGAUCCACCACAUUCUCAUUAUUAUAAGGACCAAAGCAGCUUGGUUUUGAUGCAGCAGCUGGUUUCCAGCAGGGAUUCUUUAUUGAAACACUGCUUUUGCUACGAAGGCAUCAAGUCCUCGAGUAUUGAUGGUCCUGUCUGUUUACGCCUCAAUAACCUGUCGUUGUCUCGGGUGGGAUCAUUUGAGAAAUUACUGUGGGUUCAUAUCCUAGACCUCAGCGACAACGAGCUUCAUUCAAUUCAAGGAAUAGAGGCUCUGCAACUCCUUUCUUGCUUGAACCUACGCAGCAACAAACUCACCAGUUUCUCUGCUCUGGAACCCCUGAGAUCACUCAAGUGUCUGAGAGCAUUGAACAUAUCGUACAAUGAGAUCGGGUCCCACCCUAUAGACACCUGUCGCUAUCUGGUCACGUCUCCGCUGUCGCACUCGGCGGAGAUCUCUUGGAACCGGGAUGAGGAUUUGCCGGAUGGAGUUGAUGUGGAGAAUUACUGGGAGGCUUUCCUGGUGUUCAAAGACUUGGACUUGGUGCAGUUAGACAUAGCAGGAAACCCAGUUGCUGAUGAGAGGUUCCAGUCUUUCUUGGUCAAGAUUACUCCUGAACUUACGUGGUUGGAUGGCCAAAAAUUGCAUUGAUGCGUUAAUGCAACAGUAUUGUUACCACUUGUUAUAAGAUGCAGACAUCGUCGUUCAGGAUGACGAUGAAUAAUCAGAAGAUCUGGGUUGAAAGGGUUUAGAUGUUCACUUCUUAAGUUUCUCGGAUUGGAAUCAUCUUAGACUCACAGUUGAAUUAUCUUAUACUCCAGGCUUAAAAAAUCAAUGCUGUUUUCGGGUUGAGCUUCUGACCAUCUCGAGAUUCAGUCUGCUUCGGAUCUUUCUUUAUAGAGAUUGAGGUGGUGUUUGGUUUCAUAGUAGGAUUUUAGAAUUGUGAUUUUGAUUUUGAUUUUGAGUGGUAUAAAUGGGGCCCACCCUUUGACUUUGUAA